AUGACCCAGGGAAUUCCCCAAGCUAGUCUUCAACCCCCCGUUUACACCACCACGAGCCCGGCCUUGUGUGUCCCGCCCUCCUCUUCCCGUCAAGUCAAGAUGCGAUUCUCAGUCUCCAUCACCACUGCCAUUGCCUCCGCCGCCGUCCUUCUCACCAGUGCGGCGGUGAUCCCGCGGGCAAACCUGAUGCCAAGCGGCAUCGAGGCGCGUUACUACCAUGACCGGAUCUACGACCGCUCAGUCCACCCUGUCGUCGCCGCUGUGGUCUUCAUGCGGGCGCCAUCGUCGGACGAGAUACGCGCGAGGCGCCUACAUGCCCGGGAUUUCCAAUACCGCAAUGCUGAUUGA